UUCGUGCGCCCAGCGGUUUUGCAUUGCAGCACUUCGAAAUGAAAGCUCUGGAAUGUGUUACUAUUGUGCUGGCACUGGCGAGAGUUAUUCCCCGGAUCGAGGGAUGCAUUAGGGUUCCACCGGGAGUCACAGCAGCCAAGUCACCGGUGGAUGAUAACUAUGUGCUGUCCGUGAACGGAAAUACGCAGAGUUAUGUGCCUGGUCAAAGGUAUAAUGUAAGUCUCAGUGCAUUUUCUGGCUUGAGCUUUAUAAGCUUUAUGCUGGCCCUGGAUUCGGAGAGUGGCGACGGCGAUGGUGACCCCAAUGCCUUGGGCACCUGGGAGAUCGGCGAUCUCGCCGAGACCCGUUUCAGUCCGCGCUGCCCAAACCUGGUGGAGAACACCAACACGAACGUGAAGACACGCGUGGAUGUGUUCUGGGUGGCGCCAUCCAGUCCGGGACAGGGCUGCAUCCUGCUGAGGGCGACAGUGAUGCAGCAUCGGGAUGUUUGGUUCAUGGAUGAUGGCUUCCUCACCAAGCGAAUGUGCGAGGAGGAGGUGGACGACAUUGACACCCAGCCCAGCAUCGUGGAUCCCUGCUGUGCCUGUGACGAGGCCAAAUAUGAGCUUACCUUUGAAGGCAAGUGGUCGCGUCACACACAUCCCAAGGACUUCCCAGCGAAUAGCUGGCGCACCAGAUUCAGCGACAUCAUUGGGGCUUCGCACACUCUGGACUACAGAUUCUGGCAGUAUGGAGAGCUGGCCAGCGAGGGGCUGCGCGAGGUGGCAGAGCAUGGGUCCACGAGGACCUUGGAGAGUGAGCUGAAGGAUCAGAGCGAACACAUUCGCACGAUCAUCAAGGCCAGGGGCAUUGCCUAUCCGAAUGUAACGGGCAAAACAUUUGCCGUAUUCCGCGUGGACUCCAACCACCAUUUGAUCUCCCUCGUAUCAAUGGUGGAUCCCUCUCCAGACUGGAUCGUUGGUGUUUCCGGCCUGGAGCUGUGCCUGCCCAACUGCUCGUGGGUGGAGAACAAAGUGCACAACCUGUAUCCCUGGGAUGCGGGCACCGAUAGUGGGCCAUCUUAUAUGUCCGCUGACCAGCCGCAGGUGCCUCCAGAUGUAGUCCGCCGCAUCAAGUCCAAUUUCCCCAACGAUCCCCGUUCACCCUUUUACGAUCCCACUGGCGCCCAGAUGAAACCUCUGGCCACCUUGCACAUCAAUCGCAGACGACUCUACGAGAAAAACUGCGAGUCCUCCGAUUCGGAACAGGUGCCGCCUGAGUGCGCCACAAACUCGUGGUCCAGGUGGGAUGAGUGCACCACAAAGUGCGGUCCCGGCAAGCAGUACAGAAUCCGGGAGUUCAAGAACCCAGCACUGGCUUCGCGCCAUCGUUGCAACAAUGCCCUGCGUGAGGAGAAGAACUGCGUGGGACACAAGUGCGCGGGUUUCAAUGAGGAGACAGCUGAAGGCGGAGAGCCGGAGGUGGCACCUCCUCCUGGCAGCAGCGACGAUCCCCAGUGCGGUUUGUCUGACUGGUCGGAAUGGUCCUCCUGCACCGUGACCUGCGGCACCGGCGAGAUGACCCGAUCCCGGCACUACCUUAACAAGAAGGCCAAGAAGAAGUGUCAGAAGGCAAGCAAGGUGCGUCUGCAUGAGACCAAGAUCUGCGAGGCAAUGGAAUGCGGUGGGGACAUUGAGAACGCGGAUGUUGCUGGAGAGCCGGAGGAGGAACAGGGCGGCGGCGACGGAGGUGGAUCCGCUGAGAAACGCUCCAUAUUCCGCAACUUCGAGAGCUACAGUCAGAGGAGAGAGGAUUACAUACCACCGGUUUGCGGGGUCACUCCCUGGUCGGAUUUCUCGCCGUGCAUGGGGCCCUGCGGUGGGCAGGGCAAACGGCAACGCAUUCGCAAGGUGUGGAAUAACAACCAGGUGUACGGAGUAACUGAUCCCAAUGAUGAUGGCCAGGAUCCCUGUCGACACAUCAAGCUGCACGAGGAGGUUAACUGCACCAAUCCCAGCUGCGAUACCAUCGUGCCCGGCUUCUGCUACGAUGAGCUCACCGACAGUCCGUGUCGGGAUAACGAUGUGGCCAACUUCUGGUACUACGACCAUGUGAGUGACCAGUGUGCCAUCUAUUGGUCGGAUCGUUGUGACACGAAUCGCAACAAAUUCAAGUCCAAGGAGGAGUGCGAGGAGACAUGUCGGCUGCCGCGCCACAAACAGGAACUCCAGCACGAUGGCAUUCCAGCCAUUGAUUGCCUGGUCUCCGACUGGGUUUCCCACAGUUGCAACGCCUCCUGCGGCGAUGGCUUCCAGUUGCGAACGCGUCGCGUGCUCCGUACUCCGAAGUACGGCGGAAAGCCGUGUCCCAAGCACCUGGUACGUUUGGAUCGCUGCUACCAGCGGUGUGAUGACAUGUACUCCAUCAGUGGUCGGGGAUUCGGGGAGCGGAGGCAUGUGGUGAAAGCUCCGCAACCGGAGACGCAGGACGAGUGUCGCUACUCGGAGUGGUCCGCCUGGACACCAUGCACCGCCACCUGUGGCGAUAAUGCCGUUCGCCAGCGCACCCGAACCCUAAUGAACACCGAUCUGAGUUUCAAGUGCAAGGAUCGCGUCCGCAUGGAAAAGUGCGUGAUGAUGCCGUGCCUCCUGAACAGCAACGAUGAUCCAGAGCGGUGGUGAACAUACCAUUAACUGCUACAAGUAUUAGUUAUAGUCCAACUAUGUAAUCAUUACCCAUGAAUAUCCUUCAAUACAAGUAUAUGCAACUUUCCAGACUACCUACACAAGUUUUCCCCGCCACAGAUUAUGUAUAUGUAUUUAAAAAAAUAAAACAGAAUUGUGUUCGCGUGGUAAUUCCAAU